AUGUGUGCACAGGCGAGUUGGCUGAGAGCAGCACAGAACAGCACUCAACUGAAUAAAAUAUCUAGACCCUGAACCACUGCAUUUAGUGUAGAUUUCCACGCUUUCACUUUUUUUUGCCUUUAUAGAGGCCCUUGAUAAUGACGCAAGGCGAUAACACGAGAAGAAGCAACAAGUCCGUGUUGGGAGAGCAUCAGUAACUUCCUAUUUAAAGACCGAAUUUCGGGGGAUCCGGUGCUCGGUGUUUCCGCAAUCGAUACGGCAGAUGCUGCACUUUGUUGCUAGUCUUCAGCUUGAUAAUGCUUCUUGUUAAAGAAAAUUCAUGUUUCAUGCAGGUUAGAUGAUGUGGAAGAUCUCCUGAAGAAAAUGCAAUAGUCUGCAUUGAGUCCCUGAUGAUUACUGCUCAUGCAGUUCUGCGGUGACUCUGCAACCUGCCCAAUAACUGCCUCUGUAGUAUCUUUUUAGAUACUACAGUUUUUACUCUAGUGAGUGUGAUAUUAUCCUGAAAUUCUAGUGCAGUUUUUUGGGACCUUCAUCUCUACCAUAUUGAUACAUAAUGGCUGACCGUGCGCUUUGACCCCAGCGUCCUGAAGGAUUUGGCUUGAUUAUUUAAUAACAUUUAAAAACAUUUAGUAAUGUCAGAGUCUCCAGAGAGAGACGCUCCACUGCUGCAGCUGCAAGAGGUCGAUUCCAGCCGAGCUGGAGGCUGCGCUCUUUCAUCCCGAAUGAAUUCCUCCUCCUCCUCUCCAACCAUGCCAAUGGAGAGCCAUCCCAUCUGCAUUCCUUCACCCUAUGCGGACAUUGGGCACGAGUUCACCACCCUGCCCUUCUAUAGCCCAACCCUGCUUGGCUAUAGCGGGCCCCCGCUUCAUGACUGCCCCUCAGUGCGUCAGUCACUCAGCCCCACGCUUUUCUGGCCCUCUCAGAGUCACAUGGCACCUCUGGCACUGCAUCGCCCACAAUCUCACUGCCAGCAAAACCAGCCGAGCAACGGCACCUGGCACGAGCUCACAUCACGCAAUUACACAGCUAAUGAUAACAGCAAGCCCAUGGGAAAACGGUCAGUGGAUUGUGAGGAGAGCUUCAGUUCUUCAGAGAGCAAAACAGACAUGCACUUUUGUGCUGUGUGCAGUGACUACGCCUCUGGCUACCACUACGGCGUUUGGUCUUGUGAGGGAUGCAAAGCCUUCUUUAAGAGGAGUAUCCAAGGACAUAACGACUACAUCUGUCCUGCAACCAACCAGUGCACCAUUGAUAAGAACCGGCGCAAGAGCUGCCAGGCCUGUCGACUUCGCAAGUGUUAUGAAGUGGGGAUGAUGAAAUGUGGAAUGCGUCGGGACCGUGGCAGCUAUAAUCGUGGCGGCUCACAGCAGAGGAGAGUGGCACGCUCUCCUGCCAGAGCUUUAGCGAGCAGUCAGAGACAACCAGAGCGGAAAGCAACCCCACCGAACAGGGUUAAGGAAGUUUUUACUUCCACACUGAGCCCAGAGGAGCUGAUAGCUCGUAUCAUGGACGCAGAGCCACCAGAAAUCUAUCUUAUGAAGGAUAUGAAAAAGCCCUUUACUGAGGCCAACGUCAUGAUGUCACUCACCAACUUGGCUGAUAAAGAGCUUGUCCACAUGAUCAGCUGGGCCAAGAAGAUCCCAGGUUUUGUGGAUCUCAGCCUUUUUGACCAAGUGCACCUGUUGGAGUGUUGCUGGUUGGAGGUCCUGAUGUUGGGGCUGAUGUGGAGAUCUGUUAAUCAUCCUGGAAAGCUUAUCUUCUCCCCAGAUCUUAUCCUGAGCAGGGAUGAGAGCAGCUGUGUGCAGGGCUUUUUGGAAAUCUUUGACAUGUUGCUGGCUGCCACGUCCCGAUUCAGGGAGCUGAAAUUACAGAGAGAGGAGUAUGUCUGUCUCAAGGCCAUGAUCCUCCUCAAUGCUAACAUGUGUCUGAGUUCAGCUGAGACAGAUGAUGAACCUCAGAGCAGAACCAAACUGAUGCAGCUGCUGGACUCUGUGACGGACGCUCUGGUCUGGGCCAUCUCCAAGAUGGGCCUGAACUUUCAGCAGCGCUCUACACGUCUGGCCCGCCUGCUCAUGCUGCUCUCCCACAUACGUCAUGUCAGUAACAAAGGUAUGGACCACUUGCACCGCAUGAAAAUGAAGAAGGUUGUGCCUCUGUAUGACUUGCUCCUGGAGAUGCUCGAUGCCCAUAUCAUGCACAGCUCACGUCUGCCCCACUCCACUGUAGCCAUUGUGCCCAAGGAGCAUUCUGAUGCACCAGAAACCUACAGCUGCUCCUCUCAGCAGUGGGUGCAGUCGGUUAUAGAGGAGCCUGUGGAGCUCAGCCAAAAUGUGCUCAAAAGUGACCUAAGCAUAGUGAAGACAGACUGAACCAAGAGGUUUUUUUACCCAACGCAGCCAUGCAUCUCACGGACGUCUGUCUGGACCUAGAGACUCAAAGAACUGGACCAAAUCCGCUGUAUAAAGUUAAAAUGCAUAGCUCUGUGAAAUUAAGGGUGUUACAGGUAAGCAUUCCUGGGAGUCAUAUUUGUAUUUAGUGGUUUUGCAAAACAUUUAUCGUGUCUUUUCUGAGCCUUUUCUUUAUAUGCAUAAGCCAAAAUUUCACUUCUUGAUACUGUUACAGGACAAUUUUGAGACUUUUCCACUGUGAUUUUGUUUAAAAUUACAGCUUUAAUAAAAGUGUGACAUGUGUCACUCCUGCACUGUAAAUUUUAAAAUGACAAAUCCCACCCCUACGCCCUCUCCCCAACAGGAAUUACGCUCAGCUGUAAACACCAUUUUGUGCCUGUACUAAUGACUGCUUCUGAGUUUUUGUGCACACAUAUUAUGCCUUUUGUUUGAUGUUAAGAAUCUUAUCAAAUUGUAAGCCAACAGGGUAACUUUAGCCAAAUACACAAAAAAACACACAAUGAGAAAUCUUGUGUUACACCAGCUGACAACAUGCAGCAAGAUCAUAUACUCAUUGUUUAAUAUCAUAUAAGAAACAUAGAGACACAUGACAAAUUAAAAGAUCUGCUGGCUUGGUUUUAAUCCACUUGGCCCUGCAGAGGAAAGGGUCACUGCAAAUAAAUACAAAGUUCUCCUGACUGA